UUUUCUGAGCUCUUGCAAAAUUUAGAUUUUUGAAUCAUUAGUAACGAUAAUUUGUCAAAUUUCUGAAAGAACAGUAUUUAAAACUAUUAGUAACCAUUAUAUGGUACAAUAACUUUGCUCUUUUGAGUCUUGGAAUGACAAAAUCAUUGAAUUUCGACAGUGCCAACUCAACUGUAAACAAAGAAAAAAUGGCGGAAACAUAUUCAAAGGUAGUCCAAAAUGGUAAUAACAACGACAUGAGUGUGAAACCAAUUUUCUUAUUGGAAUCAGAUAUGUUUGGUCCAAAACCCUCUGACAAAGAUUUCCUUUUGCAUCACGAACUUUACAAAAUAAUUGGUCAACUCAUACCCUCUUCCCAUCUGAGAGCGCCUCAAAGAGUUCGAGGUAUGUGGCGAGUCUACACACAGAGUGAAGACGAUCGCAGCAAGCUUCUAAUAUCAGGAAUUGUGGUAAGAGACCGUUUGGUGAAUUUUUAUUCACAAAACCCUAGAUUCCAAGGUAGUGUAAACCCAGAUCACGUUAAAAUUCGAGUAAAAGACAUUCCAUGCUCGGCUGACGAUGGUCAGAUUACCUAUUUCUUGGAGAACGCAGGGUGUAAAAUACACAGAUACUUUAGGGAGCGCAUACGAGUUGAUGGCUUAAUAACAAACUGCCUAUCAGGAGACCGAAUAUUUUAUUGUGAACCGAUGGAACAUCCUUUUCCAAGACAAGUAACAAUAGGAAACUACAGAGCAACAAUUUUACAUAAAGGUCAGCCAACUAAAAACAGAGACGACAUAGUUUGUAAAAAAUGCCUCGAAAAGGGCCACUUCAUCAGUAAUUGUCCAAAUGAUUGGACAUGUAAUAUAUGUAAAAAAUCUGGACACAAACAGUCAGAAUGUGAAGAGCCCUUUUCAGACAACAACAAUGAACACAAUGAAAAUGAAUCAACAAACACUGAUGAUGACAACACAGAUUCAGAAACUGAUGACAAUAACAAUGAUGAGGCUGCACAUGCUCAACAACAUGAACCUGAAGUUGAACAAAUGCAGGACAUGCCUAACGAACAAUCACAGGAAACGCUUACUCGUGAUCUGAAGAAAACUCAAAACAAAAAUUCACAAAAGGUACCUACUCAUCAAUCUCAACCUUCAUUUCAAUCAAUCACCAAUGAAGAGAAUGACGAAUGUACAGGAGAUGCAGCAACACCUGGUUCUAAAAAAGCUAAAAAAAUAUCUGGUAAAAAGAAGACAACUUGUCAAAAUGAUUCGAAAGACGAAAAACAAAGUUCAAUGCAACAAUUUCUAGUUGAGAAACAAACCAGUGCAACCACUCCUGGAAAUAAAGUCUCAAAAAGGUCUGCAACAACUCCUACAACGGACCUUUUCGAUAGAGAGAAUCAAACAACCAAACCAAAAACACAAAGUUAAAAAGGAGAAAUAAACAUGUAUAAACAAUUAUGUAGCUAACUCCUUUUUUUCUGUUGGUUUAUCAUCUCUAUAUACUUUUUUGCUUACAAUGAUUUGUUUGUAUAUAUUUUUAUUAUUAUUCAUACAUAUAUGUAUGACAAGCAUAUUCCUAAAGGUAAACAACCACCUUGAAGACAAUGCUUUUUAUGUAAAUUUAAAAAAAACCAGUAAAAAUACCAAAAUAUGUAGUGAUGAUUGUGAUGGAAUACUAGAUUUCAUACUUUCAAGAAGUAAUAGAAAGAAGAGUAAAAUAGAAAAGAACUGUAAUGUUGUAUGUUAUAACAUAAUGUCAAAGAGUAAUAGAAAUAAAAAAAUGUAUUGGUUUGUGUUAUCAACUGGAUCAUGCAAAGAAUACAAACAUAAUUAAAGAAUGUUCUUUAAUAAACAGACCUAUACACAAUAAAUAUCUAAUAAUAUUCCAUAAAUUUGCAAUAUCGAUUCCUUUAUGUAUGUAUUAUCAUACUAGAAAGAACAGUUUUCAAACAAAAUAUAACUUCCAACAGUUUUACUGGAGUAAGAAUCUCAAAAUUCCAAUCUUAUUCAGCUGGGAAAAUAAAUCCAUAAAUCAACCAGUAAUCCAGCAACAUUUAACUGCAGAUCAUAAUUACAUCUGGAAAAAAACACACUGUACAUGUAAAUUCGUUCGUAUUAACUUUUGGCUUCAAUAUAUUGCAUCACUAUACAAAUACACGCACAGAUAUAGAUACUGGGAAGGAAUUCCUAGUCAAAAUCCAGCAAUAGUAUUGCUCACACACGUAUGUAUUCUUGUAAAAGUCUUCAGCAUCACUAAAUCCAAGAGUUUUAGUCUUCUUGUGAAACAAGAAAAUUUAUCCUAUUACCAAAUGGUGUCGAAUAUAUCCGAAGUACC